CUCACGCCAGCAGCUACAUCCACGCGCCACUCUAACCUUUCGCCUUCAAACUGCAGCAAUGCCUUCGCCGCCCGCCGAACGUAUGGUCGCUGCCAUCCGGCAGUCGCCGCCGAUCGACCUCUCAAUACCUUACGAUGCCGCUUGGGUCAAGGACAAGACUAUCCUGAUAACGGGAGGAGCAAGUGGUUUCGGAGCCAGCUUCGUACGGCACUGGGCGAAGAAUGGAGCCACCAUAAUCAUUGGGGAUAUCAACGUCCAGAAGGGAGACGCGCUGGCUAGGGAAGUCUAGAAAGAGACGGGCCGGCACAACGUCCACUUCGUCAACUGCGACGUGACCGACUGGCAGUCCCAAGUCAACCUCUUCAAGGAGGCAGUCAAGCUGAGCCCUCAUGGCGGGAUCGACACAGUGGUCGCGAAUGCCGGAAUCGCCGGCACGGACGUUAUGCAGAUGCCGGGAGACCUGAGCGCGGCCGAGCCACCGAAGCCAAAGUUCAAAAUCAUGGACGUCAACUGCACCGGCCUUCUGUAUACCACUCACCUGGCAUACUACUGGCUUCCGAGAAACCCUGGCUCUGGGGCAUGCAGCAUGGACUCCCAGCCAGGGAAACAGUCUCGCGACAGGCACCUCCUCCUACUCGGCUCUAUGGCGUCUCUCGCCCCCAUUCCAGCGCAGCCCCAAUAUGGCGCGGCGAAGCACGCCGUCCUGGGCCUAUUCCGCUCCCUCCGUGCGAGUUCCCAUGUCCAAGGCGUUCGCAUCAACAUGCUUUGCCCGUACUUUAUCGACACUCCUAUCGUUACCGGUCCCGCUCGCUUGCUCCUAGCCGGAGGGGCAAUGGGCAAGGUUGAAGAUGUGGUGGAUGCCGCAACGCGCUUCGUCGCCGACUCGCGCGUUCUCGGCCGCGCCCUCGUGAUUGGGCCCAAGGUAACGGUCAAGCAGCGCGACGACGGACAAUGGGAGCUUGUCGAAAAAGCUACUCCUGGGAGCACCGAAACCGCCUUGUGGGAGCCGUGUGCGGACGACUGGGAGGAGGUGGAUGCUUUCGACCGCAACAUCGUGAAGGUGCUGAAUGCCGUUCAGGCAGCGCGCGGAUGGGCCGGAUGGGCAACGGAUGUUGUGAAGGCCAUUGUGUACACUCUCGGAUGGCGCCGAUGAGCCGUUGUUUGUCGAAGGCUUCUAAGGAACUAUAGCGUCGGCCGGUGGCUGCGGGUUGCAUGGCCGUUAUGUAGGUAUGGCAGCAACCGUUGGUAAGGUUCUUCCUGUCAAAUGUCA